UAGGUGAGGUAAAGGUCGAGGUUUGGGUGAUGAAACACAGACUUGGGAGGAGAGGAAGGCGUCGAGCAGCUGUGACGUAAUUGAUGUUGAUAAUGACGGCGUUGACACCUCCGGGCUCAAAUUAUGUCAUUCUUUUAGGAGUAACUUCUGUAUUACUUAGCGAGAGUAGCGUCUUGUAGGUAAUGGUUUUAGGAUUUUUUUUUUGUUUGUUUGUUUUUUGUUUUGUUUGUUUACUUGGCUCUCGGUUUGCCUCCCCAAGUGUGCCGGUAAAAUGUAGCGAUGCCCGGCGAGGUGUUGCGUGUGUCGCCUCUCAUCCCUGCCGCCAAGUGGGUCAUUGAGGUCGACUUAAGGCCUAGGAUCGGGGGCAAGACAGUCUGUUUAAAAAGGUCUCUUGUCGCUCCGUCCCGCGGCUGCUGCGAAGCCUCGGCCGCGUGAGGGACCGAGAAUUACGCGUCUGCUUUUCGGUGAACUGUAAUUUCACGUCUUGGAAACUUGACAGGCACACGUAAUGGCCAGCGGAAGUGUGUUAGCCCGCUUCCUGAGGUGCUUCGUAAUCUAAUAAUGCUAGUUUGAGUGUUUUCGCAUCGGAAAUCACGUUUUACUCGAUCUUUCCACAUUCCGCUGCUUCCGUCGUCCUUCUGAGAAAUUAUUGGAAAAUAACCCUCGCACCUGAGUCUGGCAUCGGCUGGGUUUCCGUUUUCCUCCACAGCCGGCGGCGACUCGCUGGUGGCGAGCGACGGAGCCGCUGCGCCGCCGCACGGCACCAGUCCUACUUUGUACGCUGGGCGGGGAAGUUGUGUGCCGCUGCUCCCGUCUCUCGCUCCGCCUGUCACACAAGACUGCCGCGCGAAGUCAGACCCAAGACGGAUCGGCAGUGUUGGCUCGCGGCAAGACCAUGGUGACUCGGGGCGGGAGCCCAGCGAUGCCGUGGCCAGAGUGACGUGCCGAUACACGGGUUAUGAUGUGGUGUUGGGACGAGUCCCUGCAGUGAAAGCGGCGGUGACGCCUGGCGCCAGGCGGGCCGGGGACCUCGACGAGAAGGGAGGUAGUGAUCCCCGCCGUGUCCUCACGAAAGUCGCCACUCACACUCACGACUGUCGACCUCUGUCGGCGGAGUCCUCCUGAAGGCCGCCAGGCAUCAGGAGUCAAGAGCUCCGCCCUCCGCGGGAUGCUGCCGUCGCUGAGGACGUGAGGAUGUGUGCCUGCCUGUGGGCGGGGCUGGUGGGGGCGGCCCAGUACCUGCUGUGGGAGGCGGCGGCGCUGGUCAGGCCGCCGGCACACGUGGUUCUCGUGGGCCUCGACUCGUCGGGCAAGACCACGGCACUGUUCCGCCUCCGCUACGGCCACUACGUCAACGCCGUGCCCACCGUCGGCUUCAACACCGAGAAGGUGCGGGCGGGCGGCGGCCACUGGCUGGUGUGGGACGUGGGCGGCGCCGAGCGGGUGAGGCCCCUGUGGCGCUCCUACACGCGGGCCACGGACGCCCUCGUGUUCGUGGUGGACUCCAGCGGCGGCGAGGAGCGGCUGGAGGAGGCGAGGGUGGAGCUGCAACGCCUGAGCAAGCAGCAGACGGCGCAGUGCGUGGCUCUGAACAGGCCGCGGCCGCCCCUGAUGGUGCUGGCCAACAAGCAGGACUUGCCCGGGGCGCGGGAACCCCAGCAUCUGGCCAAGGCGCUCGGCCUGCCGGAGCUGCCGGACUCACAGUCGUGGGCCGUGGCGCCCGCCUGUGCCGUCACGGGCGAGGGUCUGGACGAGGCCAUGGCCACCCUGCACCAAAUGGUCCUCAAGACGCGGCAAGCACACAAGCGUCAGUAAAGGGCCUUGUCUUCCCUGCCUCGCCACGCCCAGCCUGGCGCCAGCCGCGGCGGGACUUCGCUCCCCAGCACUCGCUGCGCCUACACGUCGAGACAACACGUGCAGAGCCGCGCAGAAUGCAAUCAACGCGAGUGAAGUUCCUCCGUGGCGAGGCGCCGCCCCCUCCCCUCCGCCCGCCGACCCCACACGCUGCACUAAUUACGCCCCGUAAAUGUUUGGGAAUGAGUGACCCACCGUGGCGUGCGAGCCGCCCCGCGGCCCGAGGCCUACUCCACGCACACACGCACGCACGCACGCACUGGCCGCCUACUUAAAGUGAAGUUGUGCAUAAGUGGCGGCGCCCAUACAACGCAGGACAACCCGGCGGCCAGCUGGUCACCCCGGGGGGUAGGGCGGCACCGGCCGCCUGAGAAAACGUGUGUUCCUAAAGCUAUCAAAGAAACACUCCAAUAGCAUAAAUAUUAAGGCCACUUGUUUGCAAAUUUUGUUGAAGAAAAAGACUGUGUUGAAGUACGGCCAGGGAAGUUGGAAGCAGCGGUUUAGGAAGGAAAAUUGAGUUAGCGCUGGGAAGAGCAAGACAGGAAACAGAUGUUGCUGCCUCCACGUGGAAGCCUCAAGUGUUUUCGUCAGUGAGUGUCUUUCCCGAGGCGACGUCUCCCGCCUCUGCCUCCUGUGUUCCUGUGUUCUGAUUAUCGUAAUUCUUGCCUCGGUUCUCUUGUGUCAGGGAGCUCCGGAAUGCCUGUUGUUCGGCGGGUGUGUGUGUUGGCUCCGGGCCGUCAGCGGGGCACCGGACCGUCUGUCGUCACGUAACUCAACGGUGGCACGGCCGGUGGCGGGCCAUUGUGUGGAGGUGACUCUAUAGGGACCCUGCCAUUACACCCCAUCUCCCGCACCUCCCAUCUGCUCUCCCCUCCUCUCUCCCUUACGGCUUACCUCAUUCCCUCACCUCCCAUCUGCCCUUCCCUCUGCCCUCCCUCCCUCCCUUCUCACGUCUUACCUCAUUUCCCUCGCCUCCCAUUUGCCUCCCUCCUUUCUCACGUCCUUCCUGCCUUCUUUCCUUGCCUUCCACAGCCUCCCUCCCCACCCCUCCCCUCCCCCUUCUUCUUCCUCACGUCUUUCCUUAACCUCCUCCCCGCCCUUCACCUCCCCAUCCACGUAUCUUGUCCCCAUCUAUCCUCGUCCCGUCUUCCUGUCUUUGCUUUCCCAGGUCUUCCUCAGCCUCCCUAUCCACCCCUCAUCUUACCCUCUGUCUCCCCCUCACCUUUCUCCCUUACGUUAUGCUCCCUUUCCUUGCCUUCCUCAGCUCCCCUCCCCAUCUUCCUUACCCCCUCUUACCUUCCUCUCUUUCCUGCCUUCAUUCCCUUCCUAAGCUUCCCUUCCCUACCCUUCUCUACUGUCCUUCCUUACACCUUUCCUGCCUUCCCUUCCUUGCCUUUCCUACCCUUCAACCGUACUCUCCUUCCUUACAUCUCUCUCCCUACCUUCCCUUACCUUCCUCAGCCUCCCUCCCUGAUGCCCCUCACCUCGCGACCUCUGCCUUCCCUCCCUGCCCCCUGACCGACCCCUGUGCUCCCUGAACCCUGCCGUCUCCACCUGGGUUCCCUAAUUGCCCGUUUCCUUUCCUUUCCUCUCGCGGGUCGCUGCCAUGGAGAAGGAUAAAAGGGGGAGGAGGAGGAGCGUUAAGGAAUGGACGGGGUGUGUGUGUGUGUGUGUGUGUGUGUGUGUGUGUGUAGGGAGGGAGGUGGAGGAGAGGAGG